AUGGCUAAUGAUGAAUCCGAUGCACUCGAUGCGCUUGAAAAGGAAGCAAAGGAGUAUGACAAGGAUGCUGAGAUAGAUCGAAUCCUCAAAGCAUUUAAACUUGAUGCAUAUGCAGUCCUUGAUCUUCAGCCUGGUGUUCCAGAGUCAGACAUCAAGAUUGUCUAUCGCAAGAAGUCUCUACUAAUCCAUCCCGACAAAUCCACGAAUCCUCAAGCCCCAGAAGCAUUCGACCGUUUGAAGAAAGCUCAAACAGCUCUCUUGGAUGAAAAGCAACGGGAGCAUCUAGAUGAAUGCAUUGCAGACGCCAGACAGUUGCUCAUUCGGCAGCACAAGUACACCGUGGACUCGGAAGAACUAAAGACGGAAGAGUUCAAGCAGGAAUGGAGAAAGAAGACGGUGGAGGUCUUGAUAGACGCCGAAGCGAGGAGAAGGAGGCAGAUUAAGGCGAAGAUGCAAGAAGAAGGUCGUGAACAAGCCAAAGAAGAUGCAGAAAUCGAGGCAAGGAAGCGAAAACGCGACCAUGAAAAGAAAUGGGAGGACACCCGGGAGCAGCGGAUAGGAAGCUGGCGAGACUUUCAGAAAGGUGUCAAGAACGGAGAAGAUUCGAAAAAGAAGAAGAAAAUGAAGGUGCUUGGUUAG